AUGGCUGCACUCCGGUACCAAUCCAGUUGUUCCUUCCACGCUAAGGCAAACAGCGCAACCGCAGCGCAGCACACAGAGCCCCAGCUAGCUAGCUGCUUGCUCUCCGCUCGCUCCGUCGAGAGGCUCGUCGUAAGAAGCACGCUGCAGAUCGAGCAGCCAUGGAGAAGUCAAGCAACAACGGCGUCCAUGUCAUCGGAGUCCCGGUGACCGCCAAGGCGUAUGGCAUAGAGGAGGAGGUGUUGUCAUCCAGGGCUCAGUCGUUCAGGAAGACCGACGGCGGCGGCCACCUUGCGGUCUCGUUGUCGCACCCCAGCCCUUACACGUCGUUCGGCUAUAAGCACAGCAGCAAAGGUCAGGUGAUCCACUGGGUGAGCAAGCUGAGCAGGAGGGCACAGGGCUUCCGUGAGCAUGUGACCUUGGGACCAAAACUGUCGGAGACGGUGAAGGGGAAGCUGAGCCUGGGCGCGAAGAUCCUGCAGGCCGGCGGGAUCGAGCGCGUGUUCCGGAAGGCGUUCUCGGCGGAGAAAGGCGAGCGGCUGGUGAAGGCGCUGCAGUGCUACCUCUACACCACCGGCGGGCCCAUCGCCGGGAUGCUCUUCGUCUCCACCAAGAAGGUCGCCUUCCGCAGCGACCGGCCGGUCACGGUCACCUCGCCCAGGGGCGACGUCGUCGCGCGGGUUCCCUACAAGGUGGUGGUCCCGCUCAAGAGGAUCGCCAAGGUGCGGCCCAGCGAGAACGCCGACAAGCCGGAGGAGAAGUACAUCCACGUCACCACGGUGGACGGCUUCGAGUUCUGGUUCAUGGGGUUCGUGAGCUACCAGAGGUCGUGCAGGUACAUGCAGCAAGCCAUCUCGGAGCUGCAAUGACUAGCGCGCCGCGCGCGCGACGUGGGUGGUCUGGUCUGGUGAUCGCGAGGGCCACCACUGUUUGUUCCGUCGGCACGAUGAGAAGGGAAGUUGUGGGCUGCCGCGCCGUCUUUUGUUGCGAGGCGGCCCUGGCUGAAGUCGCUCGAUCUUAUUUCGAGUUCUUCCGCGUACGAUUUGGAUUGACGUGUGUGUUCUUCCAAGUACCUAAUUUGUACGAUGGGCCGCGAAAAUUAACCAUGACCCAUGUCGAUGAAUUAAUGGAAAAAAAUAUUAGUUGUUCAAAUUUUAUAUCUUCUCCGUAAAUUUCAAGAUGUAGGGUGUGUUCUCGGCAGCCUAUAUGUGGAUUAUGACCGUCACGCUUA